AUGCUAUUAUUUUACUUACUUGUUUGCUCAAUCUAUGUGUCCGAGUCAGGAAUAAUCACAUUAAGACUUCCUGAUGAGAUUAAUACAGAUUUACCGAAUGAAACAGCAGCAGAGCAAUUUGAACGAUCAGAUCGAAAUGGCGACAAAAAAUUAUCAUUUGACGAAUUUUUACAUCUGGAUUUACCAUAUGAAAUUAUGAAGAAGUACGAAUUCCAACAAAUUGAUAAAAAUUAUAAUGGAUUUGUGUCCCGUAGUGAGUAUGACGCUGUACGUGAUGAUGAGGAAGUGAAUGAACGACGAGCGCAAUAUUUUGACCAAAUUUAUGCGGAAUUCGAUAAAGAUUCUGAUAAGAAACUUAGUGUAGUGGAAGUAAAAAAUAUUUUGGCUCAACGUUAUGCUUUGAAACCGAAUGGCAAAUUUAUGUCAAUUUUUAGUUUAUUUGAUAAAAAUCGCAAUGGAGGAUUAGAAUUAUCCGAAUAUGUCAAAUUUGAAAGUGAUGUACCAUUCGAAGAAAUGGAACCACUGGACAACACAAAAGAAACAUCUGAAACUGCAAUUAAAAAGAAUUUAUUGAUGCACAAAAAAGCAAAAUCAUUAAUUAAGUAUUGA